AUGAGUAACACUCCUACCAAGUCGGGUCUGACGACUCGCGCUCCCAUGCCCGCCUUUGGUACCUUUGGUACCCCCCAAGCAUCGGCUUCUCUCCUCCUCGAGAAAUCGAAUCCGGGCUUACGCAGAUCGACUCCCGACUCUGAAGCACUGGCUUCCUCCGACGAUGAGGCCGAACAUGCAAAGACCACCGCCACAACUAAUGUCAAGACAAACAGACCUGUGCGGAGGACGUCCUGGCUCAAUGACGUCUCGUUGUCGAAUGCCAAUCGAAAAUCCUCCAUCACGGUGCCGUACAGUCCUUCGACUUCACUUCCGGGAACUCCAGGUUCAGAGCAAUCCCCAUGGACCAGUAUCAGCACGUCAGGCGCUGCUGCAUGGCAUAACCCGGCAACUGCUUAUCCAUGGCCCAACAUCUGGACUCAGCAGGACGGUCGAAAAGAACCCCCCGCCCGGCUUCAAGAAGUCUUGCCUUCGAAUGGCGACGGUGGAAUUCCCUUUUCAAUCCCCUUACAGCCGACGCCCAAAACAUACCGAUCGCAGUCCUACUCCGUUGGCCAGCUCGAUACCACCUCUGCUCCGACCGCGACGAACGCCGUCUCCACCUCAACUGACGCGCCUCGGAACAGAUUAGCCGGACAGUACCCGUCUCUUCAAAGACGGACUUCUAGAACGAGUGGUCUCGGUACUAUGGACUCAAGUGGUCUUGGUCGGUUGCGAGAAGUCGAGGACGAUGAAGAAGAUGUGCGAGGGAGCAUGGUCUCCGAUGCUAUUGCUACUGAACAAGCACGCAUGAUUGAAAUUUUGGAGAAAGAGAAUGCUCAGCUUCGUCAUGCGGCCCAAAAUCGCGACCGAACUUUCUCCGCUACAUCUGCGACCACCCAACCGCCGCCAUCAUCAGGGUUCCGAAAUACUCGACUGAGAAGUGCGGUACCCGAGGAAGCAGAGACGGCCAUCGAUGAUCGAGAAGACCUUGCAGCCCUCGGCGGGUUUGGUGGCCGCGAAAACAAUGCCCGUCGCAUGAGCGAACAACCCAUCGGAUUCUCCGAAAGACAAACCCUCUCUUCCCUCGAGAAUCGCAAUGUAGAAGGGGUGAAGAAACCACAUUGGCAAACUUCCCUCGGCUUCGGUCCCAUCCCCGAAGCCCCUCAAAGUCGGCGACAUUCUUUUGCAGACGUGCCAACCCGACAUGGAUCUUUUAGUUCAAAUGAUGACAUGACAACAUACGAGACCGGAUCUCAGGCUGUUUCCCAAGGAGAAGAUCCAGUCUAUUUCAAUACCACCGAAUCCACUCGGCGUGCUGCGGAUGCCCGGGUGCACCAAUCUCAUCGAGACCCUCAGAAUUAUGGAUCACAUUUGGGUAUGACGAGUUUCCUCGAUUCCGGCAGCCAACCCCUUUUCAUUGUCAACUUCAAAUGUUGUCGCUCAGAUGUCUUCUAUAUUCAAGAAGGGACAGGGCUCCACGUCAGUGUCGGUGACCUCGUUAUUGUCGAAGCUGAUCGAGGUACCGAUCUUGGUACCGUUCAACAUACGAAUGUCACAUGGGAAGAUGCUCGUCGAUACAAAGAAUACUACGCUGAAGAGCAUUACAAGUGGUUGAUGAUGUUUUCGCUGCAAAGUCGGAAUGGUGGACCCAAUGUUGUCAAUCCUAAUGGAGUUCCCGGAAGACAAGGGAGUGCUGUCGGUGGAAUGGGUCCGCAAGGACACCAUGGUCCACAUGAUGCAUCUCAUCCAGAUCUCAAACCAAAGUUGAUCAAACGACUGGCUCAGAAUCACGAAAUCCAAGCCUUGAAAGACAAGGAAGGCAAUGAAGCCAAGGCUAAACGCGUCUGUCAACAGAAGGUCAUCGAGCAUCGGUUGAAUAUGGAGAUUCUCGAUGCAGAAUUCCAAAUGGACAGCAAGAAGCUCACCUUCUACUACUUCGCCGACAACUACAUCAACUUUAACCAUCUCGUCACCGACCUCUUCAAAAUUUACAAGACUCGAAUCUGGAUGUCUGCAAUCAACCCCGCCUCUUUCCAGACCCCGACAGCUUCACUUGGGAUAACGCCGGUUUAUAGUGCUGCUCCCGGUGACGAACGUCAUCGCCGAAGACAACAACAACAACAACAACAACAAGUACAAGGGCAACCACAACAGCCUCAUAGUCUCAGUCCACAGGCUAUUACAACCCCAUUUGGAGACACAUUCGACGCAGAUCGAACCUUCAACAACCAAAAUCAGGGACCGCGAAAUUCCUAUUACAACCAAUUCCAAGACGUUGGGGCUGGUCCUCAACCUGGUAUGGCACCAUAUGCAAAUAUGCCCGGCCAAAUGGAUCCCUUCAUGCCUUUUUACGGCCAACCGUAUCCGGCACUUAACCCUAAUGCCCCAAAUUUUGCCAAUAACCGACCGGAGUUUCGAGGGAGAGGUCCUAAUCAACCAGGUGAUGUCAAUUGGAUGGGUCGGUUCCAAGGUCUCUCCCUCGGUUCUUAA